AUGCCGUCGAGCCCGACUUGUGCUGCUGCGGUAUCAGAUGCCGAGACUCCCACCCCAUCUGCUUCAGGCCGGAGACCCGGCAGCCAAAAAGCCCGGAGGUACGGCUUUGCCUGCGCGAGCUGCAAGUCACGCAAGGUCAGGUGCAGCGGGGACCAGCCUAUUUGUAAGGCCUGUCAGAGGACUGGCGAGGCAUGCAUCUGGCCAUCUCAAGACUCGAAUGCCUCACGGCUCCGAGAUGCAAAUGCUCGCAUCCGGCAGCUCGAGGCUGCCCUACGAGAAAGCCCUUCUUUAUCUCGUCCGGCCGAUGACUUGUGUAAUACCUACCAGUCCCAAGAGCGCCUUCCCCAGGCCUCUGUGAGUACGAAUUCCGCCGCCACAGGCCCUAGCCCGACAAUAAGCACCGACUCCCCCGUCACCGAGGCGGCAUACCCGCCUUCUGCGACCGAGAUCUGGUUUCAAGUCGGGAUCGGAGAAGACGGGGCUAUUGUCUACAAUGGUCCAACAAGCCGGUUCCAUGCUGGGCCACUGGAUGAAACCAAUUUGGCGACUGCCACGGGAGCCACUGAUCCGCAAGCACGCUCCCUUUCUGGCCCCAGGAGGGCCGCGCAGGUUGAGAUCCUGCGGUCCCAGCAUUCUUUGAUGGAAACAGUGUGGAUGCCAUUAAUUGAGACAAGGCCCGUCGUGAACGGGACCGGCGUCGAUAUGACGGUUGGCAUGGCACUCCUUGACAUCUACUGGACCUGGUUACAUCCCUUGCACAACUGUGUCUACCGUCCAUGCUUUAUCAUGGACCUAGCAUUGGGCGGACAAUAUUGCUCCGACUUCUUGCUCACGUGCAUCUUUGCGCUUGCGGCAAGGCAUCUUCCUGAGCGCAAUUCAUCCUUUUCUGAUGUCGAAAAGGGAGAGGACUUUGUUAAAAAAGCAAAGGAGCUUUUAUUAGUAGAAUUGGCUGCUGAUAAACCCUCUAUACCGACUAUACAAGGGCUGCUUAUCCUUGGUGGCCGUCAAUGCGCUGUCGGCAGAAGUUCUGAGGGUUGGCUCUAUACUGGGAUGGCGAUUCGAAUGAUGAUAGACAUCGGACUUCAUCUUGAUACCCCUAAACUAGCUGAGCUGCAGCGGUGGACGCCAGCAGAAACAGAGACCAGAAAGCGAUUGUACAACUCUGCAUACAUAUGGGAUAAGACGCUGAGUCUUGCCAUAGGGCGCCCGCCAUGUUUGAUUAGGCGUCCUUAUUCAAGUUUAGAAAUUCUGGACAAGUUUGACGACACUCGAGACUGGAGUCCUGUACAGGCCGUUGAAGUUGGCGACACGUAUACUCCGGUGCCGUCGUGGAACAGCACAACCUUUUGCGCUUUCUGUCAACUUCAUGAACUAACGACAGAAAUGAUAUUGCUUUUCUCAAGUGCUCCUAGUACUGAGAACUUUGCAACACAGAUCGACAGCCUUGACACGAGAUUUCGCGCCUUGUACGAUGAAAUGCCAGAGUUCUUGAGAAUCGACGAUCCGGUCACAAUGCAACAGUGUCCUCCGCCUCACAUCAUAUCACUCAACUAUUGCAUGUUCUCCGCAGCUACUGUCGAGAUUCAGAUGAUGAAAACUGCGACAAAUCAGGCAGAGAAAGACGAUGCAGCAGCGAGGCUGGCGUAUGCCGUCAGAGUGCUUCAGAAUGAGGCCACUCACACGCCAGGUAGUGGUCGAAGUCUGGAUACCAUUCGUCGGCUAUUGAAUGCUGGUCUCGAGCAGCCUGUUCAAUCUGCGGGACACCGUUAUGGGGCCAAUGGUUCAUCUGUCGGGCAGGCCCACCCUGGAGCGAGGCAUGACGAUGGCGAGUCGGGCCUGUCAAGCAUCCCACCUGUAUCCCGUGACAUCCUCGAUCCCUCGGCACAGACCCACUCUCUGAUUGUGGGCGAAGAAUUCUCAACCUCAAUGUUCUCGAGCGAGGAGGCGUGGGGAGACCACAUGGGGCUUGCCGGUCUCGACACUGGCGCGGGGUUUCAUCCGGAUGCUUUUUCUUGGGGAAUGGCAAACAACUUUCCGCGAGGAACGGAAUUUUACAGCCGCGGCGGACCCUUCCCAUCUUACACGGCGAGUUUCUCGUAUCCCGAGCGCCGAUAA